AUGAACCACCGUAGACGAGAUGACGAAGAUUCGCCACUCCUUCUCAAUGCUCAACUGCAUUACCACCACGGAUCGGUGAGUUUUAGUUUAGCUGGUGGUGUUCUUGGUCAUCCUGGUCCUCCUGGUCCUCCUGUCCUGGGAAGACCUCAGGUCUCUCGUCCUCCUGCACCCUUCAUUCCUGAAUCAAUAACCACAGACACAAGUGUUAGUCAACAGGAAGGUAGUGAUGCACAGACAGACGCUCCAAGGACCAACUUUCCCGAGACUUGGCUGUGGGACAUCGUCGUUCUCCCGUCUUCUGGUGUGAGCAGUCAAGACCUGACAGUGCCAGACACCAUCACUCAGUGGGUGGGCAAGGCUGUGUGUGUACACCCAGAGAAGGGCGUGGGACUUUCCCAGAGGAAGUCCAUCAUUACCUUCACGCCCUUCUUCCUCGACCUCACCCUUCCACCCACUGUCAAGAGAGGCGAGAUCCUUCCCGUCAAGAUGUCCAUCUUCAACUACUUGAAUCAGGCAAUACCUGUGACCGUACAAGUGGAGGAGAGCAGUGAAUACGACAUCCUUGAGGAACCUGGACAGCAAGGUCUUGGAAAACAAAGUUCGUGUUUGCCAGCGCAAGAUAAAGUCGUCCGUACAGUGAGGAUCAAGCCAGGUGUGAUCGGUGAAGUCAACAUUACGGUGACGGCGUUCGUGGAUCACCAGUUCUCAGGGGCGUGUGGCUCAGGAGACACAUCAAUCACCAGAAGAGAUGCUUUGAUAAAACCAAUCAAGGUUGAGGCUGAGGGUUUCCUGAGAGAAAAAACCUGGACCAAGUACAUCUGCACUGAAGAUGUGAAGACGGGCGACGACUCUCUGGAGCAGUGGGAGCUGCAGACACCUUCACACAUCGUUGAAGGAUCAGAUCGAGCCUGGGUCACGGCUGUUGGAGACCUUCUUGCUCUCACACUUGAGAAUCUUGGAAACCUGAUCAGAAUGCCAUACGGGUGUGGUGAACAAAAUAUGCUGAACUUCGCCCCCAAUAUUUUCAUCAUGCAGUACCUAAAGGCUACAAAACAAUCUACACCGGAAUCUACAAAGAAGCUUCUCACAUUUAUGAAGACAGGUUAUCAACGAGAGCUAUUGUACCGGAGACGUGAUGGCUCCUACAGCGCCUUCGGCAACGCUGAUGAUUCUGGCUCCACUUGGCUCUCGGCCUUUGUUCUAAAGUCCUUCGCUCAGGCUCAGGAAUUCAUUUUGGUGAGUUAACAUUUGUUUUACACG